AAGUUGGUUAACUCCUCUGAACUUUGGUUUCUUGAUUUGUAAAAAGAAAGGGAAGAUGGAAGGGUGGGCAGGACAGAGGGAAGCCUCCCUUCAGAAGCCUGAUCUGUGUUGGAUUCACAAUUUAUAAUACUUUACCUUUGUAGACUUGCCCCAGUUGUUUUCUACAAAUUAAACUAAUUUCAUAGUUAAGAUUGUUAAAGGGGGAUUGUUCCCUUUUGGGUGUGUAAGUAAACACAGUCUGGCCAGUUUAAUAAUAGACAUUUGUUGAGUGCUCACUGUAUACCAGGCACCAUACUAAGGCUUAACAUGCAUUAGCUCGUUUAAUCCCUACAGUAAUUUGAGGAGGUCUGUUAUCAUUUCUGUUUGGCACAUGAGGAAACUGAGGCACAGAGCAAUUAAAUAACUUGCUUGAGACUGCACAGUUAAGGAGCAGUAGAGUGGGGGUUCAACCCCAGGCCUCUGGCUCCACAGGGCAGCCUCCUUGGCCGGUGUCAUGCUGUCUUCGUUUAGGUAGAAGAGCCGGGCCUGGAACCCAGCCCGAGGGUACACCACAGCCCAGGAGGAAGCCACGCCAUGCGCCUGGGAUGGUGGAGACCAAGGACUUGGUGCAGCUCCGGCAGCUCAACUUGGCACUCCUGAGGCAGCUGUGGGUCGGGCAGGAUGCCGUGCGGCGGUCGGUGGCCAAAGCAGCCUCAAAGUCAGCUCUGGACUCCAGCAGCAGCUAUGACUCCCAGACGCCAUCGUCCCAGGAGACGUCAUUAAUGGCCCUCAGAGCCUCCGGCCUACACCCUGCCCACCAGGGUGAUCCCUGUGAUAUGUCCAGGCCUGGUGGGACCAGCUCUGGAGUGAUCUCUCUCCCUUCUGCCAAGUACCGACACCAGGCGUCCCUGGGCUCACUGAGGCCCUACUCGGCACCCUUGCUGGCCAUCUCAGACCCAAAUGACCCAGCGCUUUCAGCAGAGCUGGACAGUCCAGGGCCUCAGGAGGUCCAGGCCCAGAGCUGCACCCUGGAUCAACAAAGGAGGCUGUCCAAGUCAAGAGUGACCCUCAGUGAGGAGUCUGCAUUGCCUGACAGGAGCGGGCGCUUCUGGCCAUGCUUGGGCUACGACUGGAUUGCAGGCUCUCUGGACAACAGCUCACCCAUCACCAGCAAGCCUGAGGCCUUUUUCUCCAAGCUACAGGAUUUCCGGGAAGCCAACAAGGAGGAGUGUAUCAACAGUGACCCUGAACCCCAGUUCCUAGGCCCGUGGGAGAGCAGAGGUGUGGAGGAAGACCAUGAGUGCGUGUACUGUUACCGCGUCAACCGGCGCCUGUUUCUGGUGCCUUCCGAUCCUGGCGCCCCUUGCCGCCUGUGCCUGACACCUCGGGACGAGAAGCAUCCUGAGACUCGGGUGCGGACAGCGCAGGUCAGGGUGAGCAUCCCGCUGUCUGUCCUGGACCCCCCGCACCAGUACCGCAUCCACCGGCGGAAGAGCUUCGACGCCUCCGACACGCUGGCCCUGCCCCGGGGCCCUGUGAAGUGGGGGAAGCCAGUCCCAGGGAGGUUAACCAGCUCACUCCAGCUUGCUCAACUGCGGCGGGGACGGCGGGGACAGCGGGACAGUGGGGCGAUUUGAACCCAGCUUCGUCUGACUUUUCCAAACCCUUCUCCUUUUUCUUUUUUUUUUCUUUAACAACACCUGGCUAUCUCCAGUAUCCCAUUUUAUCAAUACAAGGUUUUGUUGUUGUUGUUGUUGUUUGUUUUGUUUUUUAAUGUGCAACACAGAUCACAUGAAAGAGGUUUUCUGUGUGCUCUUCGUUUUGCUGAGUCCGGAGAAGGUGAGAGGGACACAGGUGGUGCAAGGAAAAGCUGCAUUGGGCCCUGGGCUCUUGCAGGGCUGAGCUCCCACACAGGGGCCCCGGGGGCUGAGCUCUGCCUGACCUGGUCAUUUUGAAAUCAGGGGCCCCUCCUGGGAAGGAUGCAGGCUGAGGAGAGCUGCAAGGCAGGCUCAAAAAUCAGGGCUUGAGAUGACUCAUCUGUGGCUAUUUAUUACCUAUCUACAUUUCUCGGUCUGAUUGGGCUGCUUGAGGGCCAAGCCUCCUUCUUUCUGGGUGCUGACUAAGCAACCCAGGGUCCUGCCCCCCUCUGGCCUCAUCUGGAGCUCACUCUCCUCGCCCUCAGCAACACGCGGGCCCCAUGGGGCUGCUGGAAGUUCCCCCUAACUGCCCUCGCCGAGGUCUUCCCAGCAGCCCCACUCUCUGUGGGUUCCUGUUCUUUCUCCCUACAGUUCUCAGCUUCUAUGUCACCUCCUCAGGGAAGCCCUCUCUGACCACCACGCCCAUUCCAUCACGAGCUGCUUAGGUGGCCUGUAGAGAGCAAGAUGGAGUCACCUAUGCCAAGCAGGGGCCUGUGUCAAGCAAAGAAGCGGCAGUGAAGGGGACGGCAGCUACGAGAUCUCGCUGAGACCCGCACCGGCUGAGGACGCCCCGGAACUGAUAACCAACGGAAGCAGAGCGGGUCUGCAGGGGCCCGAGACUGAUUAAACCCCUUUAAAAAGGGGAGGAUGUUUGCAGCAAGCUGUCAGACUCUUCAGACACGACCCCUCUCUGUCUGAUCGCCUCAACAAGGCAGCUGUACCCAAGGCUCUGCCCGAUGGAUCUCCGAACAGAACCGAGACCCUUCCCUGCUUGAACAUUAUUAUGAAGCAGUGAGUGCCGAGAGCUGCCCCGGGGCCGGACCGAGUUCUCAUCUCAACCGGGCGCCUGCAGACUGACUUCAUGUCUAGUUCUUUACCUUCCUAUGCCCUCUGUUCUCCUGUUUGUUGUGUGGCUUGUGUUCUGCUCGUGUGCCCUGUGAGAAGCCAAGUCAAUCAGGAGGUGAAAUGUCAUUGAGUUUGGAAUCCUGGAGCUGCUUCCUCAUUAUGUUACCCCCGCCU